UUCAGUGGUCGAUGUUUUUUUGAAAUGUUCUUUGCAGUGGGUGUGGUACUGAAGCUGAAUAGACCUACGCUAUAGGCCUAGACUAAAUAUUAAAUAGGAAAUAAGCCUGUAUGUCUUUUUUGGGAUAUAAUUAUAAAUCCCAAGGCCUGUCGUCUUUAACCAUUAGCAUCCAACGAAUGCUAACACUGGGAAACAACGGCAUCUUAAAAGUAACUCGGUUCGGAUUACAUCACCCUGGGGCCCACGUACCGCGCAUUACCGCGUACCCGUGCAGCGGCAAAAUCAACAAUCACUGUCUCUGCGCACGCACAGCACAUACAGUAGGAGCGCCAUAGGGCUGACUUCAUAUACCGAACUGGACAGAGUGAACACAGACGCAUGAAAGACGUUGUCAGCCUUCACUCUCUUGAUGCUGCGUUCCUCGUUUUUAAUGCUACGGGCUCAAGCGAAAUAGGCCCGGAUCACCGGUCUGUGACGACAGGAGCCCAUGGUAGAUACUACAGAAUAUCGAUUUUAUGAGGAGAGAGCUAUAUCGGAUACGCACUGGACAGAAUCCACGGAAAAUAAAGGGUAGCCUAGCCCUUACAGUGCGCGAGCGACUGGCCAGACCGCCACUGUUGCAUACGCGCUAGCUCACGUUGCGACACAUGAAAAAUUGCUGCGGGAUGAAGACGCACGAAUCCAGCGCGAGCAUGAUGCUUGACUGAAUCUACACCUUAUCCCUUAUAAUAACCAGUCAGACUUUCGGGCUGCUAUUUUUUUGUUUGAAGUACGAAGAGGAAGUGCAUUUAUUGUCACGAAGAUGAGUGUGAGCCAGGCUGGGUAUGAUGGCAUUUCUAGAGUUGAUGGAGGAACGGUGACGGGCGGCCUUAACAUUAGUGGUACCCCGAAACUGCUACAGUGUGUUCAGCCGCCUGGUAACCGAUCUAGGGAUGCCCGCUACCAGCAGCACGGAGGACGGCAGCACCAACGCAGUGGUGUACCUGUCAAACCACCUCAUUCUGAACGGUCCGAACCCGCGGAAGUUGUUAAGCGCGCAAUCGACUUCAAGACUCAAGGUACCCAGUGUUACAAGGAUAAGAAGUACAGGGAAGCGAUUGGCAAAUACCACCGUGCAUUAUUAGAGAUGAAGGGGUUAUGCAGGGUGCUGGGAGACCCUGACGCCAGCUCCAAAUCUCCUUCCUCCGUGCUGCCCGCGAUCACAAAGUCAGACAGUCUGACGGACGAGCAGAAAGGUGCCAUGGAGAAUGCUGAGCUGGAGUGCUACAACAGCUUGGCAGCCUGCCUGUUACAGAUGGAGCUGGUGAACUAUGAGCGCGUGAAGGAGUACUGUCUGAAGGUGCUGCGUAAGGAAGGGGACCAUUUCAAGGCUCUGUACCGUUCCGGAGUGGCUUACUAUCACCUGGGAGACUUUCAUAAGGCCCUGCACUACCUCAAGGAGUCGCAUAAACAGCAGCCUGCUGACACCAACGUUAUCCGCUACAUCCAGCUGACGGAGAUGAAGAUACGGCGUUCUGCCCAGAGAGAGAAAAAAGAGGCCAAAUAAAACGCCAACUCACUGUAUGUUUGAUAACUAACCUGCUUCUCGCUCAAUGCCAAUUUGUACUUUCUUCACGUGCCACCCAGACCUACCACACCUUGAUAACGGUCUUCGGGCCAGGAUUCAAUCCGAAAUCACACUUGACAUGUAAAGGUAUUUUGAAAUUGGUGGCACCCUGUCUUAGUAAACUGGCUAAAACCUGCUUUCACAGCUCUUUCUAUGACUUUGAGAAUAGCUACAUUUCUCCAGACCCAUCCCUCAGCUGUUAACCAAAAUACAGAGGUGUGGUGACUCCUUUGGUAUUGUUUCAGUUAAAUCAAUCAAUCAAUCAAUCCAACAAAUUUUGUAAAGCCCUUUUUACAUCAAAUAAAUGCUUAAGUAGAUACCCUGUCUGAAACUCAAAGUGCGAUCAGCAGUAAGUUAACGUUUAAAAUCCAAGUUAAUAAUAGUAAAAAAUCUGCAUAGUACAAGAGUAAUUGGAUUGAGUCCUUGCCCUGGUGUUUUAAAUUAUUUAUAUAGAUGUGUGUUUGCGUUGUACAGCAACUUCAGUCCAUCACCUUCUGGACGAUUAUGUGAUACAUACCAACACGUGUAGUUUAUUACCAAUACAUAUGUUGUACUUCAAAACUAUUUUACACAGACACAGUUCAUACAACUGACAUUUUGCACCUGGCAGCCAUUUGGUGAUGGUGUGUAUCACUGGUGUUUACAUUGAAAUGUCUCCAAAAGCUGAUGUCUAUGACCAAGCGGUUGAACAUAGUGUCAGAUGGAUAAUGCAUGGUCAAUCUAAACUUUGCACAAAAUGUAAAUGGGGCUACAACACUUGUGAUUUACUGAAACGCUGGGUGAAGCAGACACCGUGGGCGAUAUAACUGUGACUGAUUUAGUUAGUGCCUGGGGGGGCUAACUACAGAGCUGUAUCGACAAACUAGCCGACUAACUCACCUAAAUAAUCAGAAAGGACUUAUUUUUAUUGCUGAAAGAUAGACUUUAAAGCACAGCCAAUUUUAACUUUCCUAAUGAACCAAGAUUAAUAUUUAUUGCAGUUUUUUUAAUUUUUAUUAGCUGGUUAACACACUGAUUCUGUUCGGUAAGCCCCCACUGCUGCCCCCCCCCCCCCCAUUAAGUCAGUGUUUGGAACACAGUAGAAUCACUGUUUGACAACCUCCCACUGUUCAAAUCCAAGCCAAAACAACACUGGUCUUUAUAUAUGAUUGAGAUUUUGUGAUGUUUGGCAUGUUGUAUUAAUAACAUGUAGGUAAACACAUUACCUACAACAAUUACUGUAUAAUAGAUCUAUGAAGACUAUAUUUAAAGAAUCAAUUUAAGAGUGUUAAGGUUAUGAUGGCACAUAUUUGCUAAUUAUAAGUUAAUUGUCACGACACUUUAAAAGAUGCAUUUCACAAAAUAUAUAAAAGAGUAGCUUACUUUAUGAAAGAAAAUGCUUUUGGUGUCUGUUUUAAAUAUAUGGUAACAAAAAUUAUUGUGUUUUGGUUUUAGAUGCAAGCGGGAGCUUGCAAAUUAAAGGCCAAUUCCUCAAUUUUUCUAUCGCUUAUGUUUUAACUCCUGAACCAUACCAGCGUCAACAUAAUGAGAAAAGGGCAUUUUUCUACAUUCUAUGGUUAAUGUGUUUAGAAAUGUCCUAGAGAAGUGCUACUCAAGGACAUCAUUUUCAAAUGUUGACAUUGGUGUAAUGAUGAAGACUAUUAACAUGAAAAUUGAUGGAACGGUUCUUUAAGAAACCUAUGUUUAAUGUUACAUUGUGUAUGUAAUAAAGGUGUUAUUAAUUGUU